AUGGCAUCCUUGCUUGCGUCGCCAGCCGAACUGGCUACUUUGACCUCCUUGAACGACGUGGUCACCUUCGCCGCAGUGGAGGCGAACCUGUGGACCUUAUUUGCCAAACAGCUUGGCAACCCACCAAGCGUUCGGAUCCUAGCAAUGGUUCCGGCCUCGGUGUUGCAGAAAACCAUCUUGGGCCUGCGGAUCCCCUCUGGUGCCGCCCCGGCGGAUGGAACCCCGCCGCCGACGCGCGAUCCCAACGUCACCGAGACGAUCCAGAUGGCGCUGGUGUGGCGGGUAGCCAGGCAGGCCGUAGGGCUGGAGGACAUGGAUCCGAUGUUGCCAGGAGCGGAGUCCUCCUCGGCUGUCAGGGCCACGGUGGGGGCAAGUCCACCAGUGAGUGGAACACCGGGGGUGGCGGCAGCAGUGCCUACGCAAAACCAGCCAUCGCCAAAGAAAGUGAAGUUGUCAAACGUGUUGGACCAAACAGACGACACAGAAGUUGCAACAAAGACGAGGGCCGAGAUGGGCAUCUAUUUCGAGAACCAUCGGGAGAUUACGGGCGCAGACCCGCUACCAGAGGUAGAGCCGACCGAUCUUCAAGUUGCAGCAAUGGAAGACAAAGUCGUCAUGAGGGACGAAAGUCCUUAUGCGGACUUCUCCAUCCUUACACCUUUUGGGAGAAGGAUACAAAGAGCUAUGAAAACGAAAAGCUACUCAUUCCAACCGGAUGGCACGUGGAAAGCGGCCGACAUCCCGGGGCCACCUCACUUCCAGGCGUGGCAAGCCUGUUUCAGGGUGUACCGAGCAGUUUUAUUCAUGCUGCGCUACAAUGCAACAGCGGCGCCGGCGGGAGGAGCGCCAGUGAGCGCAACUCGAGGCAUGGUGACAAGGAGACCAUUAGUCGUUCAGCCUCACUCCCUCGAGAGAUACUUCGAGGCCUUCAAAGAGCUCUGUCAGGAGUUCCCGGAAUGCUGGCAUUUGCUGAUGCCGGCCGAGGAUCGAAUGAGAGCCGAGAGGUUCGAGCACAUUCGAAGGAAUUUGCAAAGGGCCCACAACGAGGGCAAAGUCCCGCUGGAUGUGGACUUCAACCCAGAUGGGGAGCCAAUUGCAAAGGCGUCAUUGGCCAAUGUGGAGGCGGCCCUCGGCGCGGCAGCUCCAGUGGGGGCGGCGUCACCAGCCAACAAGAAGACGAGGAAGAGGAAGAAGGAGAGCCCAGGCGAGGGGUCAGACAAGGAGAAGAAGCCGGCGACGAAGCCAAAGGUGGAAGACCGCUUCACAAACAAAACGCAUCCGAAGAAGUGGGGAGGUCUCUUCCACAGCACGCCAGAGGGGCGAGAGCUGUGCUAUACCUGGGCAAAGGGAGCUACACCAGAGGCUUGCGCGGAGCCCUGUGCGGCAAACCGAGCGCCCAGUGUUGGCGUGGAAAGGGGACGGGAAGGACAGUCCGUCCGCCCCUUCAGGUUCUUGGAGCUGUUUGCCGGGCAGGCAGGGUUUUCGGGGGCUGUCAAGUUGGCCGGUGGAGACCUGGUGGAGGUGAUGAAUCACCAAGAUUCGUGGACCACAAAGUGGGACAUCUUGGUGGACGAGGACUUCGAGAAAGCACGAGGAUGGGUGAGGGAAGCAGACCACACCCAUUUAGCCCCGCCUUGCAAGUCCUUCACGAAGGCACGGAGGUCAGACAAAUUCGGAACCACCAAAGUCGUGCGGUCGCAAGCACAACCAGAAGGCUGGGGCGACCCUCUGACAGUAGAGGGCAACAAAAUCGUGGAGAGAGUGUCAGUCAUAUUAGACGAGGCUCAGUCGGCAAGGAACACUGCUUCGUUGGAAAGCCCGGAGGACUCGUUCAUUUGGGAGCAGCCAACGCUGGAAAGGCACAUGAAAAGGAUGGGAAAGGUUGGGCUAGACCAAUGCCCAUAUGGUGCCGAAACCAAAAAGCCGACUGGGAUCCUUACGGAUGCAUCAUGGAUGGCAGAUGUUUGUGCCAGGUGCGAGGAGGCACGACCACACGAGCAUAUGCCAGGUGGUUUGGUCGGAAAGACCUCGGAUCAUUUCUUCGAUCCGCCAAGAGAGGUGUGGAAAACCGCUUUAGCGGCCGAGUACCCCACGGGGCUGUGCUGGGCAUGGGCACAGUCGCUUGUCCGCUUCUUGAAGACAGAAGAAGGACGGGUGGCGCUGCAGAAGAAAACCUUCAGAGUGAAAGGAAACGCGCUGAGUGCGGUCCAGCCGGAAGUACAGACAAGGCAUCCAGCGAGCAAUCGAGAAGGAAGAGAGAUAGAAAACGACCGGGCGGUGGGAGGACUAAGAAAUCCCUACCGCGCCAUUCAGAGCAAGGCUGCAGCUUGGAAGCUGGGCGCCAGUGUGCGCCACGUGCUCUUGGGGGUCGUCAAAGAGAACUCACGGGAGUUGCACACGCUGGUGUCGGGGGGGUCCUUUGCGGGCUUCCACAAAGACACAGUGGCAGCAGCAGCCAGUGCGCUGUCGUCACUUGUGGGGGUGGAGCAGGAAACCCCAUCUCCGAUACGGGUUACACUCCUGGAAAAGCUGCUGGAGAGGAGCCAAGACCCAGAGAAAGACGUGACGCAGUGGCUGAGAGAAGGCUUCCCGCUGGGGAUAGAGAAGGAGCUUGGAAUCAACAACGUGUUCCCGGCAACGGAGUGGGAUACAAAGGCCGUGGAGCUGUCGCGGCAAUUCCCCCUGCUCACCGACUGGAGCGAAGCGGACCAAGCGGAAAACUACAAGUCCUUCCAGGAAGCAGGGCAAGCAGCAUUAGAAGAAUUGGAGCGUGUGGCCGAGGCAGGCUAUGCGACGCGUUGCAAUUCAUGGGCCGAAGUCCUGCAGCCUGCUGGAGAAGGAGCCUCGCUGACCAGGCUUGGAUGUAUCCAAAAACCCAAGCCAGGAGGGGGUGUCAAGACCCGAUUGGUGGUCGAUUGUCGGCGAUCAGGCAUCAAUGGGUUGAUGUGUAUCAGGCAGCGGGUCGUUCUACCGAGAGUGAGCGACGUCGCAAACGAAUGGGCUGCCAUGGUGCGAGAGGACAACGAUGCGGUGGUCCACUUCGCCGUAAUCGACUUCCGCGAUGCCUUUUACCAAUGCCGACUCGCACCAGUGGAGCGCAAACAUGUAGUAGUCAAGGCCAGUGGGUCGGUCUACUACAUCUUAGAGGUCGUCGCAUUUGGACUGGCCUGCGGGCCACUGUUGUGGUCAAGGCUGGCCGCGGCACUCGUGAGGCUUGCCCAAGCGGCUUGUUGGGAUACAGCCCGCAUACAGUGUUAUGUGGACGACCCCUUACUGGUGGUCAAAGGGCUGGACGCGGUGGCCAGGUCAGUGAAUCUGGCGAUACCGCUCCUGCUGUGGCAGGCGUUGGGCUGCCAACUGAGUUGGAACAAGAUGCAGCUGGGCACAACCGUACAGUGGAUCGGUUUUCAGCUGCAGCUGAAAGAUGGCUGCAUUGUGGCACAACUGUCGCAAGAGAAGCUGGAGAAGCUGCAGAGGGCUUUGGAAGAGUUGUUGCAGCACAAAGGAGUCGUUCCAGUUCAGCUCCUCCGGUCGAUGGCCGGUUUAUUGGGUUGGCUCACGUCAAUCGUCAAGCUGGCAAGGCCGUGGGUAGGAAUGAUAUGGGGAUGUGUCACAGAAUGCGAAUCCCGGGUGCCGAAGCGUGCCAGGGAAAGAAAGAAUUUGGUGUUCAUGAAACAGGUGCAAUUGGCACUAAGCACCCUGCACAGGAUGACUCAGUGCAGCUCCUUAAAUGCCACCUUCCACUGGCAGCCACGCGCAUUGUGGCAAAUACAGACAGAUGCUUCAGUCUUUGGAUUUGGUGGCAUCCUGUGGUAUGGUCGACAGCCAGUCGCUUGGUGGGCAGACGAAAUCCAGGAAUGGGAUUUGGCGCUGCUGGGGGCCAGAACAGGAGACCCAGCCUGGCAAUCCGAGUGGGAGUUGCUGGCUGUAGCAAUCUCAGUCAAGCUGUUUGGGUCACAAAUAGCAAGUCAGGCCGUGCACUUGACGACUGACAACACAGGCGUCCUGCACACUGCCUUAAACCUUAGGGCCUCCUCGCCAGGAAUGGUGGCCAUUGCCGCAGAAUUGGCCUGUGUGCUUCGUCAGUAUGACGUUGACCUGCGGCAGGGCGACCAUGUCCGUUCCGCCGCCAAUUAUUUGGCAGACGCCCUGAGUCGGCUGUCCCGCGGGCGGGGAAAAAGGCAGAAAGAGGUGACGGCGUCUCGGGAAGAUUACGCCAAUGGGCCAGUGCGCUUCCCCAAGAACGAUGGCUUCGACCCGUGGUCAGCCUUGGCCCAGAGGGUAUGCAAGCUCUGCUCCAGGAAACCAGUGAUUGGGUACUGUAACAGGUGCAGCGUCGAGCUGUGUGGCGCGUGCAUCACAAGAAUGAAUACAGCACCCUUUAAGUGGAUCUGCCUGGAGUGCGCAUGCGGAUCAGAUGAAUCCGAAGAGCAGGCGAAGCUAGUGGUCUCAUGUCAAAAUGAAGAAGUCGCAAGGAGGAAGACUAUCCUUGCACAGCCUGGAAUGGAAACGGAAAACGACUUGGCGGGGGCGCUGGCAGAAAGAAUCCUGGGUGACAAAGGGCGCCACCUCGAAAUGGCCUGGUGGGCCGAGGUUAAGCGAAAGGAUUGGGCGCUUCACGGUGAGAGGCCAGUGAUGCCUUUCUCUGUGAUGAAAGCCUACGCUGUGGCCAGGCCUCCGGGACAAGAUGAACCACAAGAGGAAGGGGGGCUCCCGUCCGCGGGUAGUGGCGACCUUCGCCCGCAUGGAGAAGAGGACCCGGCGGGGGCCGAUACAAACAAGGUGCCAGUCAAAGUGGAGCCCAAGGAGGACGAUGGAGCCUCCUCAGAAAACGAAGGCUUAGGAGCAAAGAGAAGGAAAACGGGCCCCAGCAAGGACCACUUUGUAGAGCCGGGGGGGCUCAGAGCGCCCACCACGCCGGCAGGGACCCCGGCUGCGCGAACCACCGGCCCCGUGGUGGCGCCGCCUAAAACAAGGGCGAGAGGGUCUGCGGCAAAAGCCUUGGUUGUCGCCUCCUCGGAAGAUCUGAUGAAACAGGCAAGAAUCAACUACGGCGAGUUGGUCUAUGCAAAAUCAACGGCAAUUGCCAAAGAAAGCAAGGCCAGAUUAGUUGUGCAGAUCGCGGAAGCGAGAAACCUGGAACCGUUUCCACUUACUCCUGCAGUGAUCGGGGAAGUGGCGGCGGUUCUGCGGGCAGCCGACUUUGCCUCAGGCGCAACGUACCUUUCAGAAGCAAAGCAAGUGCAUCUUCGAAAGGGGUACGACUGGGACUCGUCCUUGGACCUGGCGAUGCAAGACGCCGAAAGGGCCCUCACCAGAGCUCUCGGCCCGGUUGUGAAGGCCGAGGAAAUACCUCCAAAGCUUUGGAGAGUGUGGCAACUGGCUGGCCGUAGGGGCUUUGUUCGAAGUCAAAUGCAGCCUCAGGCGGGGCCAGAGCUGUGGGGAAUGGGCUCGGCGUUCUUGCUGAGAGAAACGGAACUCGCACACCUCCUGAUGGGUUCAGUGUCUUUGGACCUUGAGAAAAGGGAGGACGAAGGCGAGAGUGACUGCCCCUUUCACGCCACGCUGUUGGUGAUGGCAGAAAGAACCAAGGUACUUCGUGGAAUGGGCUACGAGGAAGAAGAAUUGAGGGAGUUCACUGUCGUUGGACAGGUCGGUUGCCCCACCUUGAUGGUGACCAAAGAAGCCAUGAUAGCGGCUCUUAGAAAGGACGUGGAAGAGGCUUGCAAGUCAUCCGACCUCGCAAAGCACCGGUUGGCGGCCCCAAACUUAGACAGGGUGACGGGCCACUCACUAAGAAGAUCCGGGGCAAAGGACGCCGUCAAGAGGCACGGGCUCCCAUUAGCGAUGGUCCAGUGGCUUGGCCGUUGGGGAUCCAGUGCGGUCCAAGGCUAUGUCGAGGACGCCCUUGAAGAAAUGCCUGAAAACAAGGUGGCUCUGACCACAUGGGAAGGAGUGGCCCGCAAAACCCUGGAGCAGGCCGCUAAAUGUCAGGAGAUACAGGAGAUGAUCAAAUUGGUGAAAGCUGAGGUUAAAACCAACGAUCAAAACACCAGAGCCAUGGUACAGGAAAUCAGGGACCAAGCCAGACCGAAGUUGGUCCUGAACCUGUCCACUCUUAUGGUGCAUGCCACCGCACGGUCCGACAGCAGUGAGUGGGCGGGCAACCCGCUCAACUGGGUCACCCGGUGUGGUGGCUGGAGAUGGGCUGCCGCUGGAAGGCUAGCAAAGCCUCUGUCGGCAAAAGAACAGGUGGGAGAAGCUGUUUCGAUCUGCUCGAGCUCGUUCGACUCCUUUGCAACGAGCUGCAAGUGGUAUGAACGUUCUCUGAAGGAGAGCGACAGAAAACUUGCAGCGCCCCGCAUAUGGCAGAAACUCCAUGGCGCAGCAAAGUCCGUCGUCAAGAACCUCAAGCCUGAAGACUUCGAUGUGACCAACGGAGUUGAGAAGUUGCUGGACGUGCUGAGGGAGUCUCCUUUGCAGAAGCUCCCCAUCCCGGACUCGUUCAGCCGCUUGGAACGUUGGUCUGGCCUCAGAAGAGCCCAAGGAGAAGAUAUACCCCACCUGAUCAUCCGCGAGGAGGAGCUCUUCACGGAACUACAACGUGGACUUCAACGAGCUCGAUACGAGCGUACAAAGGCAGAACGAAGGUCUAUGGGUGUUGGAAUCUCUGAAAGAGACCCUUCUGAGUCUCCCUCGAGGUCUCCAGCCGGUGGCAUGAGCGGUGUCCGAGCUGGAGAAGAACAACCUGGCGCAACUACAUCUAUGCCGAGCACCUCACAGACUUCACCUAUGGAUGCUGCUGGACUAUCCCCUGGAGAAGGCUUCUUCGAGAACGAGAUGAGGGGAUACAGGUUGCUGAAAGCUGCAAAGCUUACAGCAGCUGAGCGGCAACAUGUCAUGACGCUCACCAAGAACAGCACCCACUUCAACUUGAUCAGACAGGCUUUGAGGAGCCUCUUUGCUGAAGAAGGACAAGAUGAUGGUGGCCGUCCUAAGAGGACCUGGUAUGCUGGAGUUGAAGAUGGAGCUGAAUGGGAAGAUGAUGGAUCUACGGUCUGGUGGUGCGACGAUGAUGGCGCCUGGUGGGAUGAGGAGACCUACUACACCGAAUGGCCUUCUUCACCUUCGAGCUCUUGGGAUGAUGGCUAUGGCUAUGACUACAACGUGGACUAUGACUACGCCGAGGGCUACUAUGACAACGAGGUCUACGAGAAGUCCGCCGAGGAGAUUGACGAGGAGAAGCGCAUGGAAGAGGCCUUCACCAUUGCUGCCGAGGCCAACAAGACGCUGGCUGAAGCGAAAGCUGCUGUGGCAAAGGUGAGAGCCGCCCGGGGUUACUACGACCCUGCUGGAAUGAAAGGCCAUGCUGGGAAGAAAGGCAAAGCAAAGUCUGGAAAAGCUGGGAAAGGCAAGGGACUACUUGGACCCUGCUUUACAUGUGGGCGACCUGGACAUACCUACCAAAAUUGCCCUGACCGAUGGUCGCCGCAACAGAAAGGCUCCAGCUUUGUGAAAGGCAAGGGCAAGAUGGCUAUGAAAGGCAAGAAAGGUUCAAAGGGAAAGAAGGCCUACUUCACUGAGUACCUCCCGGCCUACUACAUGGAGAACUACGUGCCCGAGAUCAACGUGCUGUCCCUGCAGGAGAGCGAGGAGUUGCAAUCCAUUGCAUCAGAGAAGGUGGUGAUCGACACAGGUGCCACUGAAUCAGUGGCUGGAGUGGCCUCUAUGUCAAGGCUGGUUGAUGGUGGACGCUUCCAGUACUCCGUGCACCUGGAUGACAGACCCCGUUUCCGGUUUGGAAAUGGCCAGACGCAGCGUGCUGUGUCGAAGGUGAAGCUGGAAUGUCCGGCACUUGGCGAGGUUUCCUUCUACCUACUUGAUCAAGGAGCUGACAACACACCACCACUACUUGGAGCACGAGAUCUACGAGCACGACAUGCCCUGGUGUCCUACAAGGGAGACUGGCUGGCGCAUAAGACGAAGGACAAAUGGUGGGCAAGUUCACUCGAGACUUUGUCGAGUGGACACCUGGCUUUGGAUCUACUACAACCUCGAGAACCUCUUCAAGCUCUUCUGAAGCGUUUGCAGAACGACCCCUUCAACGUGUGGCCUGGUCGAGACCGAGAUGAUCACCAUGGAGAUGAACACUCAUCCCCUGGAGAUGAUGGAGAUGGCGAUGGAAACGAUCCCCAUCGUGGCAACAAGCGUCACAGAGGACGAGUUGGGCCAUGCAACUUUGGAAGUUUGGUUGGAGCUGCAACCCAGUCGGGUGCCUAUGGAGGACCUCGAGAAGCUGAUCAAGGAGAAGAACGAUUGCCUGCAAGUGCCUCACCAUUUGCCAAGACCGAAGACUUCGGCUCUGCGAGCUUUGUGGAAAGCCCUGAUGUUUUGGUGAAAGAGGAGCCGAAAGGAAAAGUAUGCCCUGGUGGAACCAUCGACUUGUCUUCUACGCCGACGUCACCAGAACGUUUGGCUGCUGCAGAUGCCCCUGUGGAACCGGCAUCAGCACCUGUUCAUGCAGAGGCGGUGGAAAAAGAUGAGGCGCAUCGACCUGAAGUUGGUCAUCAUCUCGUGUUGGAUGAGAGCAUGCCUGCACAUGUACCACAUGGAGACACGCUUCAUGGUCUUCACCUCAGCCCCAUGAAAUCGGUCCCUCCUGCGGCGGAGUCGGAUCCUCGCCAACUGGGAUGGCCAUGUGGUGGAAUGCACAAGGCGGGCAAAGAGAAGUCCAACCAGUACGCAACAUGGCAGAGCUGCACACGUUGCGGGUUACGCCUGCGCUAUGUGAACAAGACGCCCUACCAGGGAGAUACGAGAGCUGUUGGACCUCCUAUGGACCUUGUGAUGGAGGCCCAACUGGAGCUGCAGAACGACUUCGAGCCCCGGCAGAUGACAGAAAAGAUCUUCAAUGGAAAGCUGAUGGAGAUCAAGGGCCGACACCUAGUGAUGUCUGGUGGACGUGGCCGAAUGUCAGUGCAGGUGCGUGCAGACGAGCGCCUGGGCCGCUGGAUGAUGGGCGAGACAGAGGAGGAAGAGAAGACGGUGACAAAGCCGAAGCCCAUGACGAAGGCCAAGGCCAAAGCGGCAUUAACGCCGCCACCAAGGGAGUUCUCACCUGCACCAAGGACUCCGGGACAAGAAAGCCGUUCUACCAGCAAGGAAGAUGCGAUCCCUCCUGGAUCUACAGUGGACAAGCGCAGCCCACAGAAGCCUGUGAAGAUCAAGAAGGAGCCGGCCGAGCAAUCAGUGCCUGUGACAUCACCGCUGACUCCAGCGGGUGCGCAAUCAGUGCUGGUGAUGGUCGACUCGGACGUGGAGGUGAUCAGCAACAGCGAGGAGGACAAGGACAAGGACCGAAUCCGUGGAAAGUCAAACUCCGCGGAUAUGGCCAUUUUGGCUGACAAGUGCCCGCAGCAGCUGGAGGCCGCAGAGGGCAAGAUGGUUUCUUUUCAACCUUCAACUUUGACUUCCACACGACAACCUUCAACUAUGAGCCCAAUGACAACAAGCACUACGAAGAAUUCAAACAGUACAGAAGUCCCAAAGGACGACAAGAACACCUGUGGCCAUUUUGGCCGAAUCGAGUCCGAGAUGGACGAGAUGUUCAAUAUCACCGAGAAGACGGUGAAGCCUUCACUGGCCAAAAGAUUGGCAAAGGCCGCAAUGCUGACAACAGCCCUGAUGGGACCUAUGCGAGAGCUGAUUGGAGCUGUGCAGCCCCAGAUCGACAUCAUGGAGAUCGCUUGCAGCCCUGAAUCAGCCCUCACCCAGGAGUUUGUUGACAACGGCUUCACUGGCAUGCGGAUCAACUACCGCAAUGGUUUUGACCUGGACAGCAAGAAGGGAACCAACCUGCUGGUGAAGGAGAUCAAGGAAAAGCAUCCGAAGUUGGCAUGGGUGUCCAUGGUCUGCACCCGUAUGUCAAGCUUGCAAAACUUGACACCACGAACUCCUGAACAACAAGAUCGCUUCCUCAAGAGGAAGGGCCAAGAUCUACGCAGAUGUGAUGAUGUGGUGACAGGACUUGAAGAAGUUCUACGACAUGGUGAUGAUUUGGCUUGGGGAUGGCCAAGCUCUGCGGUUGCAGGAUGGCGUUCAAGGCCGCUUCAACGACUUCAAAGACUCAUCAAGCGCUACAACAGGCAGAUCUAUUGGAUCAACAUUGACGGCUGUCAAUAUGGACUUGAAUGGCAUGGAUGGCCAGUCAAAAAGGCUUGGACAAUCCUGACAACGAGCCGCAACUUAUGGCUUACCUUGAACAAGAGGUGCGAUGGGACCCAUGAGCACAUGCAUUGCAGAGGUCAAAUCGCACAAGCUUCCUCGUUUUACCCGCCGAAGAUGUGCAAGGACAUCUGCAAGGCGAUGAAGUUCUCCUGGAUGCAGCAGACCGACUCCCUGGAGAACAUGGUCGAGCACUACAUGCUGGAGAUUGACAGCAACAUCGAGGAGACCUUCGAUCCUGGACUUCAUCGACCUCAUCAACACCAUGACCUACCUCUUCAAGCUCUUCCUGGCUGCCGAGAACAACAUCAUCGACAUCAAGAUCUACCUCUUCAAGCUCUUCCUGGUUGCCAAGCACAACAUCAUGGACAUCGAGAACAAGCUCUUCCUGGACAUCGAGAACAAGCUCUUCCUGGACAUCGAGAACAAGCUCUUCAUGGACCUCAAGAACAAGCUCUUGCGCUGAGCCGAACGCGGCUGCAACUUGAGACAGCCCCCACCGGCAAGAAGCUGGAGGCAGUGAAGCAACUUCUUCUACGAGUUCACAGAGCCAGUGGUCACUCUGGGAUGUCAAACCUGGUGAGACUUCUCAAAGCACGAGGCGCACCACCAUGGGCGUUGGAGUUGGCACAACGACUACGUUGUCCUGAAUGUGAAGAAGCAGCAAAGCCGCUACCACGACCUCCUGCGUCUCUUGGAGAAGCACCAGCCAUGUUUGAAGUCCUGGGCACUGACGUGUUCGAGUUCGAGAUGCCUGAAAAAGAAGGCGAGCCCAACAUGAAGUUGAAGCUCAUCCUCUGGCGAGACCGAGCUUCUGGUUUGACCAUGAUCGACCACAUGCAGACCUUCGAGAGCAAGAGAGCCUGGGAGCCGACGAGCCAAGACAUCGUCAAGUCCAUGAUGAAGUGGCAGAUGGUUUACCCUUCACCGAAAUGGGUGAUGUCAGAUGCUGCACGAUACUACACCUCUGAAGAGUUCAUGGACUACCUCAAUCGAGGUGGCAUUGGCUUGACUGUGGCCCCUGCAGAAGCUCACUGGCUGAUGGGAAGUGAAGAGUCAGCAAUUGGAGUUGCCAAACGGACUGUGCUGAGGCUGAUGAAAGAGGAGAGCAAGUUCAGCGUUCCAGACCUCUUCACCCUUGCAGCUGCAGCAAUGAACAGCCACGUUGGCGCUAGUGGUUUCAGUGCCUACCAAUGGGCUUUUGGAUCUGGUGGAGGAGUUUUGGAUGAUGAGAAAUUGCUCCCCGGCAUUCAGCCUGGAAAAGCAUUUCAAGGUUUGGUAAAAGAGCGAGAACGUGCCAAGAUAGCCUUCGAACGUGAGAGGGCGACAGAACGUUUUUCAAAGCUGGCAAACUCUGUGGGCCGACAGGCCUCCCAAUACAAGCCUGGUCAGUUGGUGAUGGUCUGGCGACAACGGGUCAAACCCGGCAAGAUGAAAGGAAGCUGGACUGGACCUGUCAGACUCAUUUUGAUGGAAGGCGCAACAGCUUGGUUGUCUUCAGGAUCAACUUUGAUCAGAGCCAAAGUGAACCAGAUCCGCCCAGUGUCGUCCCGAGAAGAGAUGACCUCCAUUUUGGAAGGGACAGCAGUUUUCAAAACUCCUGUCUCAGUGGAAUCUUUGAUGCGGUCUUUUCAAGGACGCUACUACAAAGACAUCUCUGGCGACACUCCAAGUGAGGAACUUCAACGUCAAGACCUUGGACCCUCUCAAGUUCUUCAAGAACCUGCUCAACGCCAAGGACAAGACUCUUGGAGUUUGGAGGAAAGAGAUGGCAAACGAGUUUUGAUACGAAAACAUGUUUUACCACGGCUAGCUCUUUUCAACCCUCUUCGAGCAGCCAACUGUCCUAUUUCCCUGGAUGAAAUGACCGGUGAAAGAAAGACCAUCGUGAGACCUCUACAUGGUGGAGAAGCUGAAAUCAACGACACCGUGGACAUCCAGAGGAACUUGCAAGACAGAUGGACUGGUGAAACAAGGUUUGAGCUGCUACAGCGACCUCUACCACCUCCAAAACGUCAACGAGUUCCUGAUCCAAAAGGAUCCAAGCGCAAGGCGGAGAAGGAACUAUCUGGUGAAGAAGAUGUACGUUCUGGAGAACGACCUCAAGCUGAAGUGGAUGACGAAGAAAAGGACCCCUUGGAUGAUCUUCAAGGUGAUGAUGCUCUUCAACAACCUGCCCAAGAUGGAGACGAUGGAGCUACACCUUUGACGCAGACGCUACGAUCCAAAGGACCCAAUGUCCUGGAUGGGACACCUAUGACAAGCAGUGCUGGAUCGAGCUCUUGCGUUGCUCCUGGUUGUGACCUACCUGGUGGACAUCUUGGACAUCAUCGCAACAACAACAACGAGGAGUUCCUGUACGACCCCUACGAUGGUUCUACGAAGAUCAUUGCCGAGGAGAAGGAGCCUUCUACACCAUCUUCGAGCUCUACAAGUUCCGAAGAACUACAACCUGAUCUACCUGGACAAGAUCCCAAGGGCAAUGGCAAGAAGAACAAGGAUGACUUCUUUGUGGCCGUGCCGAUUGACCUGAACACCUCCGACUGGAAGUGGCUAGCAAAACCCCAACAUCGACGCAAAGCUGAUGUCUGGCUUUCGAAGAAGAUGAGCGACAAAUCAAAGGAGGUGAUCUGGCAAAAGCUUCCUCUCAACGAGAAGAAGGAGUACGACAUCGCUAUGGCUAAGGAGCUAUCCAAUGUCAUCAUCUCCAAGGCCCUGAGGCGACUUUCCAAAGAGGAGCUCAAGUCCCUGGACCCAAAGAGACUGAUGUCAAUGAGAUGGGUGCUCACCCGCAAAAGCAACGGGUCAGCCAAGGCCAGAUUGGUGGUUUUGGGUUUCAUGGCGCCGAACAUCACCGAGGUGGAAUCAGCGUCCCCCACUAUGAGCAAGACAAGCCGAAAUUUGGUUCUGGCUGUGGCCUCAUGCAUGGGUUUCAUUUUGAAAGGAGGCGAUGUGACCAGUGCCUUCUUGCAAACUGGAAUUUCACUGGAGGACGAGAUGCUGGAUGUUUGGGCGCCGCCCGAGCUGGCUGCGAUGUUUGGUGCUGAAGAUGGCGAAGGAAUGGCACUUCGCGUGAGAGAAGCGUUUUAUGGGUUAGUCCACGCCCCAAGGAAAUGGUUUGAGAAAUGUGUAGCAACCUUGGUGCGUUUGGGAUGGAAACAGCUGAAAGGCGAUCGAUGUGUCUUCAUCCUGAUGGAGGACGACCAGCUGGUGGCAAUAGCUGGACUACAUGUGGAUGAUUUUCUGGUUGCAGGAAGCCAGACCUCACAGAAGUUCCUGGAGAGCGAGCAAGAGCUGCUCAAGGCUUUCCGAUGGGGCAAGUGGCAAACUGGUGAAUUUGAGUUCGCUGGCUGCGAGCUGAAACAGCUUCCUGACAACAGCGUCAUCCUCUCCCAGGAGAAGUACACCGAGCGCUGGAUGGAAGAAAUCACCAUUGACAAGUCAAGGUCUAGAAAGGCCGUCCUGACGCCUGAGGAAACAUCUGCACUACGUGGAGCUUUGGGAACUAUCUCAUGGAGAUCAACACAGAGCGCACCACAGUUUCUCGCAGAGACAAGCCUGUUGCUCUCCGAGAUCAACAAGGGCACUGUGGAGACCCUCUACAAGGUGAAUAAGCUUGUGAGAGAAAUGCGCCGUGAGGCGAAGCAAGGUUUGUUGUUCCCAGCAUGGGGAAUACCAUGGAAUCAGUUGGCCUGCGUGACCUGGGCCGACGCCAGUCAACACAACAGACCUGACAAGAGCUCUACGAUUGGAAUUGUGACCGCCAUUGGACCGAAAGAGAUGCUGGAAGGUGCCGAAGUUCAACUGGCGGUGGUGCAAUGGAAGAGUGGCAAAACGCCACGACAGGUUUUAGGCUCAAAUGGAGCUGAGACCCAAGCAAUAACCAUUGGGGAAGACCAGAACUUUAACAUCCGCAUGCUGAUGGCGGAGAUUGGUGGCGCCAACGUGGAAAAGGACAACGUUCAUGAGGUUGUCAAGACCGUGGAUGGCGCCGUUGUGAUGGACUCCCGUGGCAUCUAUGACGCCAUGACCAAGAAUGUGAGCCCGCUUCAUGGACUCAGAGAGUCGCGAGCUGGCUACGAGCUCACCUUGGCGGUGAACAAUGGAGUUCAAGCUGGAACGAGAUGGAGAUGGGUGAAUGGAUUGGCUCAGCUGGGCGAUAGCCUCACAAAAGCUGGAGCCAGAAAGACCUUCCUCCAGUUCCUGUCGCAACGACAGUUCUGGCGGCUGGUGGACGAUCCCAAGUUCGAAUCAGGACGCAAAGUCCACAAGCGUGAGAUGGAGAAGAAAUUGCGCGAGAUGGAAGAGUUCUUCAUCAACGAAGUGAGACGCGCUGCCGAGAAGAACAAUUGGCCAUGGAAUGAAGGCCCCAUAGAGAAAUAUCACCCCGUGCAGUGA